AUGGCGGAGAAGGUAAUUCUGCUGGAUGCGUAUCCUAGCACGUCUGGAAUGAGGGUGAGAGUGGCGUUAGCAGAAAAGGACGUGGAAUAUGAGUACAGAGAGGAGAACUUGCGUAACAAAAGCCAGCUUUUGCUCCAGUCCAACCCCGUUCAUAAGCAAAUCCUCGUUUUGAUUCACAACGGCAAACCCAUUUGCGAAUCCCUCAUCAUUGUUCAGUACAUCGACGAGGUGUGGAACCACAAGUCUCCGCUGCUGCUUUCUGAUCCUUACCAGCGAGCUCAAGCUACGUUCUGGGCCGAUUAUUUGGACAAAAAGGACUUUUCUAAAUGUUAUGUUUAUGAGGCCCUUGUUACCUUAUAG